GUAGCUGCCAGUCUUCGCGUAGACGCGUAGCAAACGCACGUCUGCUACGCGCGCUCCCGCUACGUAUUACGUAGCUAAGUAAAAUGUUUCAAUAAAAUUAGUUCGCGUAUUGUUUUUAAAAUUGCUAAUAAUUUAGUUUGGUGAAAAUAUAUGUGAGCGUUAUCAAUAAAAGUGAUUAAGGAAAUAUUUUAAACUUGUAAUAUAUAAAUAAGUUAUAAUGCUUAGAAAUUUUAGUGUUGUGGUAAAAACAACUAUUUUUCUUCUAACAUUGCAAGGAAUGGUGUGCUUAAGGAACGUCCACUUAGUGGUGCCGGAGUCUGUGGAGCGCGGUUCAAGGGUGGAAAUGAGAUGCCUAUACGAUUUAGAGCAAGAGGUCUUGUACACAGUGAAGUGGUACAGAGGGGAUCGGGAGUUCUGCCGAUACUCGCCGCGGGAUGUUCCCCCGUUGAAGAUAUUCCGAAUUCCCGGCAUAGAUGUUGACCGGGAAGCGACGGAUGCGCAGCGUCUGUCUAUACAAACGGCGACGCGCACGGCUAACGGGCGCUACACGUGCGAGGUGUCCGCGGACGCGCCCUCCUUCCAGACCGCGCAGGUACAUGCGCACAUGUAUGUAGUCGAUUUACCACAAUCCGGUCCAGAAAUGCAAGGCUUGAAUCAAUAUUACCGAGCGGGGAUGAAGCUCAAAGUGGAGUGCUCCAGUCACAACUCUCUGCCGGCAGCUAAUCUUUCCUUUUUUAUUAACAGUGAACCGGCUCACAAACAGCACGUGUGGCAUCGAGUGAGCCCCGCAAACGGUAGUUUAUGGAACGCCUACAGUACAAUACAGUUUGUUGUACAAAAACAUCACUUCAUAAGAGGAAAAAUGAAAAUCCGGUGCACGGCGAACAUUUACUCUAUAUAUUUAAAAAGUAAUGAGCAAUGUGCUCUGGAGGAGCGCCUGCCCACUACACCGGUCAGCCUGCCUGAGAUGAACGAGGUCAUCUUGUAUCCCAUACAUCGUAUGGCUGAUACCGCUGACAGUGCCGACAAAAUUCAUGGAUCUUCGCUUUUUGUGUUAUUGAUUGCUAUCUGGCAUUUCACACAUUUAAUUGACGCUAAUUAACGUUUAUGGGACAGUACAUAGCUAGAUACAAUAUUAAAGUGUUCCAUGUAAUUAAAUUAACUACGGACUCUGGUGUUUCUACGACUGAAAGGAAAAAUACUUCAUUAUAUCUGAAUUGUUAUUACUCUGUAGUUGUGCCAACCCGAAUUUAAUAUAUUCCAUUAAAUGGAACGUACACAUUUUUAUUUUAUUUUAUUUAUAUGUUCGAAUUUCAAAUUGACCGUAUUAUUGGAAUGGCAACAACAUAAGUAAAUUUAAUCGAUCAGUAUCGAUCUAAGUUAAAUAUUUUUAUACUUACGAUCUCACAAAUUGAUGUAUAGACAAGGCAAAAGCUAAUACACCUUAACAACCUUCUGUUUCAUAUUAUGUAAAAUUUGUACAUAGACUUGUAAUCAAUUAUUAUAAUGACUAGGCAAUUAUAUUAAUGAUUGUUGGAGCCGAAAUACCCGUACAAAAAUAUUACAUUCUCUUUUUAUCCCUUGAAGUAUGAGAGGGAACAAUGUUUUUGAACUAAAUUAUCGGUUAAUUUAUUUGUUGAUAGAAAAAGAAAAAUAAACAGCGUCGGUAGCUCAGGAUUCAAGCACUUGACUUACAAUC